CUCUUUUAACUUUCCCAUCACUUUCUUACCUUUCAUCUCUCUUCUCUCUCUCUCUCUCUCUCUCUCUCUGGAACCCAGAAAAAACCUCAAAACCCAGAAAGAUCUGUGCAAAAGAAUUUAAAGGUCUAGUUUAGUUUCUCACAACAACAAUGGUGAGUUCCUCAGGCACCAUCUCUGCUUCAUUUGUAUCAAAGAGGUCUCGAUCUCCUGAAACACCCCAUCAGAAGAUUACUCUCAAGGUCAAGAACCAACAGGGAGCAGAGGAUCUGUACAAAAUAGGAGCUCAUGCACAUCUAAAGAAACUAAUGAGUGCUUACUGUAUGAAGAGAAACUUAGAUUACGGUUCUGUCCGAUUCGUCUACAACGGUAGAGAGAUCAAAGCACGACAGACUCCUGCUCAGCUGAAGAUGGAAGAAGAAGAUGAGAUCUGUUCGGUCAUGGAACUUGGCGGUGGCGGUCCUUACACUCCUUGAGAUCUCGCCGGAAUUUCUUCAAAAUUUUCCCGAUUUGUUCCCGGGAUAAACAGAAUUAGGCCUGCUAAAGACUUUAGCUAUUUUUCUUAAUUACAAUUUUAAUUUCCAUGUUGCAUCUUAAGUCUCUCUUAACGUUGUUUUUUUUUGUUAAGUGUCUCUCUUAACAUUGUUGUUAAUUCGUACUAAUAUUUUCCAAGGAAA